AUGAGUUCUGAAUCAAAUAUUACCGACUUCAGAGUACAACCUGACUUUGUUAUUAUUUCAACGUCUGGUUUAAGCUCCGGUUUUGUGAAUUUCGCUUGCUUGAUUUACCUUCUUGUCAGGAUACUGACUCGAUGGUGGGUAACUGAAAAAUCCUUACCGAUGGUUCACAGGGUGCCACUUUAUUUAACAAUUAGUGAACUUAUGUUGUUUGUCAUCAAUCUAGUGAAUAUGGGAUACACCACUAUUCAUGGUCAUACAAUUGAAGGAGUAGCAUGUAAAGUAGUUGGUGGAUUAUCAUUUUUCACCGUUUCUUCUAAUGUGACUUUAGUUGGGUUAUUGUCUUUGAUGACUUACCUCCGAGUACGUAGAAAAUAUAUUAUUGAUAUGGGAAUAUAUGAUUAUAAAUUAUUUUUGAUUCUUUUUACAAUAUCUUUAACGUUAACCUUAAUUGGAGUUCAAGAUUACGGUCCAAGUAAAUUUUGGUGUUAUAACUCUCCAACUGAUCCAAUAAGACCAUUAAUAACUAUUGGAUUGAUUUUUUUAAUAUUAUUCAUUACAUUAUUUUGUUAUGUUAUGACCUUAAUGGAAAUAAAUAUUCAACAAAAUAUGAUUCGAAAUUUUGGUUCCGAUAAUGUUACAUUUAGUCGAGUUGACAUUAUUGUUGUGAGGAAAAUUAUUGCUUAUAUUCUAAUAUUCCUUUUAGAAUGGGCUCCUACCGUCAUUUAUUUCAUUACUCAAAUGUUUCAAUAUGAAAAUGUAUGGAUUUACACUGUAUCGGUAGUUUUUAUAAAUUUGGGUGGAAUAGGAAAUGCAAUUUUAUACAUUUCAUAUGAAAGUUGGAAAAAUAAUUAUGAUAAUGGAACUACUUUCGUUGCUAGUAACUCUAGUAACUCGGGUGGAAUUAGUAAAAAUAAUCAAGAAUCACAUCAUCAAAUAACAGUUCAUAAUGUUAGUACGAUUGAAAAAGGAUUUCGUAAUUCCAGUUCAUCAGAUCAAGAAUUAUAA